AUGGCCUCCUCGUCUCCGGAUAAUGAAAAGGUCAAAGCUGAAGUCACGAAGCUCCGUGAUAACCCCACUAAUCUCCCGUCCGAGGCGGUGCUGGCCCUCGUCUGCAACUACUUGAUCGGACCGCCUCAAAGACCUCCUGAGCCGCGCAAUGUCUUUGAGCAUUGGUUCUGCUCUCGUGCAGAUGAUCUUACUGUUCAGGUCGCUACGUUUCUCAUCCGGUUGCACGCAUACCAUAGUGCUCGAGUGGAGGUCUGGCGGCAGCAGUUGCGAGCAUGCCUCGCCCAGUGUUGCGAUUGCGUUCGAGGGCUGCAGGAAAAGAAAGUGAGCUCAAGGCAUACGUAUUUUGGUGCCUUCAGUGAAGAGACCUUACGAGGCUUCUACGAUGAUUUCAACCAAUGGGAGCUGAAGAUCGUGCUUUCGGGGCUUGCAGAAGUCAAGAUUUUGCCUGAUCCUGUACAACCUCCUCGGCGUACUUUGUCUGAUGCUCCCGCUGCCAUCGUAUACCACAUGUUCUCCAAUUUGCGCAUAUUUCAGGAUACCCGCAUACUCUCAGUCAUACACUCGCAUGUUCCAAGCACUCCUAUAUCUAGCUGGCCCGCCGAUAUUCCACCUCCGGGUUUAAUCUUCCUUCGAGUAGACAAGAUGCCAGAGGCUCGACGUUGGGCCGAGCAACAGUUAACUAUGUAUAAGGCAUCCCCUAUGGCCGUGAAGCACUUCCUCCCCACAUAUAUAACGGUCCUGGCCACCGUGAUUGAAGCAGUGAUGUCAGGACCUCCCUUCUCAGCUGUUGACGGGAAAAACCUCUCCCUGCAGCUUGCUCAAGAUCCCGAUAUCCUCUGGUCAGGGUUUCCUACGAUACUACGCUUUGUACCUGUCGAGUAUCUCAGAUUUAGCCAGUCGAUGCUCUUUGAUCUUCGUCACGUUGUGGCUGGCCAUAUACACGACACUGGAAGCCACUUUGUCAAUGUUCUCAAAUGCUUCCUGUUAAUCCUCACAAGAAUGGGCCCGGCAAUGUGGGAAGGAGAGACUACGGAGUACCCUCAAAUGAUCUUCACUUCCAUUAAGGACAAUACACGAUAUCUUGACGCGUUACAGAGCCUCGAAACGACUCGCAGAGACAAUUGGCUUUUUAGUUGGAUCGAGACGUAUCUCAAGACCAUUGGAAAGUUGCCAAUUAUCAAGGAGGUACUCCCGACGAUAAUGCAGUUCUUGUGCGAAGAAUUACAGCACGAGCGCUUCCAGCAGGUGCGCCCGGUGGCAAUGACUAUCGCUGCGCGGAUUAUGUUCGAGGUUUCCUCUCAAUCGGAGAAGGAAGGAUCGUGUUGUCAUGAAGACGUGGUGAGGGCAAUCAUGGAUAUCCACGCCAGCGUCUUCGUCUCCGUAGCCUUCGCCCGCGCUUACGGGGACGACAGUUGGGCAGAGGCGCGAACACAGACGCGCAAGGCCAUCAAAUUAAUACUGGAGAAGGAUGUCAAGAACGUCCUUAUCGCUGUCUCUUAUCUGUGCGGGCUCUCCGAGCAGCCUGUUACUCUUUCUCCACCCACGGUGCGCGAGCAGGUAUGGAGAGGGAUGUACGAAAAUAUCCAACCUGGCGACUCGGGCGGGAUCGCUAUGAUGGUCUCCAUCCUCGCCGAGAUAGCCCACAUAGAUGAACUCAAGGAAUCAGCAUUAGCCGAUAGGAUCGCAAAUUCGGGCCGUGCGGAGGCAUUCCGAGGAGCAUUUACUAGUGUGAAUCAUGCUCUAAGUGUGAUCUGCACCGGUUUCGGAGAGGCGAUCAGCAGAUACUUGGAUCUCAGUAUGCCGUCAAUUAUCGCCGAUCUUUUUCGCAGGACCGAAGUAGUGAAGAAGGUCAUGAUCCUCAUGUUUUCACCUGUCGAAGCCAUCCGAGAGCCAGCGCAGUCUCUUGCAGGCUUGGCCUUCGAUGUGGAAGUCCGCCUGGAUUGUUUCCGCGCAUUAUUGGAACGAUAUCCAAACGCGGCGAUGGGUGGCUUGAUGGAGUUUCUGCGGACCUAUGUUCGAUUCGCUAACGUUUCCCCAGAGGCGUGCAGCCUUUCCAAGGCCCUCGCACGCUGCCUGACAGAUAUCAUAGACCUGCUGUGCUCCAGUCCGGACGGGCUGCUUCUCAAGGAGGAUUUCUUGAAAUCUGGCGUCGGUUCAACGCUUCCCGCUCAGCUACCGGAAUGGUGGAAUCUCAUGACGCAGGCGUUGUCCGUAAUAUUCUCGAAGACACCGAAAUGGGCUAUCUACUUCGACAAUGUGGACAUGAUCUUGUGGAUGCGUGAUGCUCUCAUUUUCGGGAGAGAUAUGCUGGCUCAACGAAGGAUAAUCGAGACUGGCACCUUGAUCCAGACACGCCAAGCCUUUCAGUCCGGUGACAGAAAGCUGUCUCGGGUUGGCAAGUGCAUGGUGGAUAAUUUGCAACAGGUCUUAUCGGAGUUGGCGCGGUGGCUGCGUCUCACAGACGAGGAGCUUUUGCAUCAGUCCUUCGCUCUGUUGGAAUCGCUGCUGGCAUGUUUCGAGGAGACUGGCGUACGCCCAUUGCCUAGUACUCUUCAGAAAUUGCAAAAGCAUAUCGAUGAUGCGCGGAAGAAAGACCCGAAACGACCACAGACGAAGUUGGAUACUUCCCGGUUAGCGAGACUACAGGAUGCGAUUAGCUCCUUUGAUGAGGAAGACGAGGUACAAAUCAUUUCUCACAAACUUCCGGAGUCGAAGGUGCCACCUAUACCAUCGAAGCACGGAGCCGCGGAAGUAAAGGGGAGAGCAGCCUCUGGUCAAAGCAUCGUGCGGAAACCUGUUAUUGAAUCAUCGAAGCCGAGGCCUCCUGUUAUCCGCAGACCAUCCGCGAAGCCUUCAGUGUCUAGUUAUUAUACUGCAGAAGACCAGAAGAAACUCGAUUCAGAUAUCUCGUUGCCGAGGUUGUCAAGAUCCAAAAGACCUGAUGGCAUCUCUCCCGCUACCAGUGGUCAUCCUCAUGCAACAUCCAAACGCGACAUUAUGCCAACUCGGGCUGCAGCCUCGGUGUCACCUUCCAGCAGUGAAAAUGACGAGAGUGAUGAUGGAGGCGCAGGCCUUGCUUCGCUUUCCAAGUUGCAGAAGACUCCCACCAUCAAGAAACCCGCCGAACGACGACAGGUGAUGCUCUUGGAUAUGCCUACGCAUCGGCAGAACCAUGCUUUGGAACGUAUUAACAAACGCGAGGAUGCUCGUCGCACGCAGUUGCGUCUCAAGCCUGACAUAUCUAGCCUUCACCGGACCCUGCUGUCCUGGGACUAUGACAAUGACGGCCCGGAUCCACCCGGUGAAAAGCUGAAGCUCGCACCGGUUCCACCACGAUUUACAGAUCCUCAGCACUUCCGCCGUAUCUUUGAGCCUAUGUUACUAUUGGAAUGUUGGACGCAACUUGUUGAAUCGAAGACAGAGCCGUGUGACAAAUAUGAAUGUCGCAUAGCGAGUCGCCAAUUCAUCGACGACUGGCUGGACAUGGAUAUUACGAUAAACGAAAAUGUAGGGAAGGAUUUCAAACCUUCGGAUGCAGAUAUAGUUUUGCUCCGCCAUCCAGGAACCAGGAGAUGUAUUCUUGGAAAGGUGCAGAGUUACAGAGCAACAUCUCUUGGAAUUCAAGCCACAGUUCGAUGUUGCACACGCAAUAAGGAUCCUGGGCUUCAGAUCAAUACCAUUUGGCUUCUCAGCAAAGCUUUGAGCUUGGCGACACUUCAUCGUGAAUAUGCUGCGCUUCUGGCUUUGCCAUGCUACGACUUAUGCGGUGCUAUACUUCAUGCCGAGGUCUCAAUGCCGCGAGUUAUUGAUGCGAAGGAAGUCCAGCGGACGAUGACUGAGUACAAGGUGAACGAACCUCAAGCCAGAGCUAUCCUCAACUCCUUGCAGGUCAAGGGGUUUGCAUUGAUUCAGGGCCCCCCUGGAACGGGAAAAACGUCUACGAUUUGCGGUCUGGUCCAUGCAUUCUUGUCGCGGCGGCCUAAACCCGCUACUGCUAUCCAUGCGGGAAGAAAUGCAAGUUCGGCUGACAAGGAACCGGUCAAGAAAAUCCUCUUAUGUGCUCCUAGUAAUGCUGCCAUAAACGAGAUAGCGAACCGUCUCAAAGAGGGCGUUUGUGGUGCUGGCCAACGGGCCGUAUGUCCCAAAGUCGUCAGGGUCGGCACAAUCAGCAGUAUGAUCAGCAUCAAGGACAUAUCCUUGGAGUAUCUGAUGGAUCAGAAGCUUAAUGCUAGCCAGGAUGGACAGAAUUUCAUGAAGGAUGCAGGUGGCGAGAUGGUGCACUUACGGGCUGAGCUUGAGUCCGUCAAGCAUCUACGGCAGCAGAAGCUCGAAGAUAUGACUGCAAUCCAUGACAAUACCGCCAAGACGUUUGCACUAGAGGAAGAGGUGAAAAAACUUAACAAACAGAAGAUGGCAUUGAUUCAUCAACUGGACAAAUUGAAAGACAAGCAGAAGUCGGAUUCAAGAACCCUUGAUGCCACUCGUCGCAGGUUCCGAACAGAGGUACUCCUGGAGGCUGAUGUCAUAUGCAGUACGCUCUCCGGAGCUGCAUAUGAAUACUUGGAAGAAUUAGAUUUCGAGUUGGUUAUCAUUGACGAGGCGGCACAAGCUAUAGAAUUGAGCUCUUUAAUCCCUUUGAAGUAUCGCUGCAGUCGCUGCAUCAUGGUAGGAGAUCCCCAGCAAUUGCCUCCUACUGUCAAGUCCCAGGAGGCAUGUAAGUUUGGAUACAACCAAUCUCUCUUUGUUAGAUUGCAGCAACGACAUCCAGAGGCUGUCAAUCUACUCAGUAUACAAUAUCGGAUGCAUCCUGAUAUCAGCCAAUUACCUAGCCGCUUGUUCUACGACCGCCGCUUGCAGGAUGGCCCUGAUAUGGGCACGAAAACAAAGAGACCGUGGCAUUCCCAUACAAAGCUAGGGACCUACAGGUUUUUCAACGUUUCUCAGGGUCGACAGGAGGACGGGCAAGGUGCUGGUCAUUCCUUGAUCAAUCGUGCUGAGUGCCAAGUUGCGGUUGCACUAUACAAUCGAUUGCGGCAUGAUUGUUCGUCCUUCGACUUCGACUUCAAAGUUGGCGUUAUCUCCAUGUAUCGGGGCCAAAUCAUAGAACUUCGUCGUGCGUUUGAGCAACGAUUUGGCGCCGACAUAUCUGGUACAGUGGAUUUCAACACCGUAGAUGGGUUCCAGGGUCAGGAGAAGGACGUCAUUAUCUUGUCGUGCGUUCGUGCUGGUCCCAGUGUACAGAGUGUAGGAUUUCUCAGAGAUAUCAGGCGAAUGAACGUGGCAUUGACUCGUGCUAAGUCAUCGCUCUUUGUACUUGGGCAUGCGCCAACGUUGGAAAGGAGCGACGAUAUGUGGCGAAACAUUGUCGAAGAUGCCAGAGCCAGGUCAUGUUUGGUAGAGGUUGAUGUUGCUUAUUUCACUUCGCCCGCUACGACGCAAACUCCGCCCUCGUCUCCAAAAGCUGUGAAACCUCAAAGCAAGAUCGAGAUGUCAAUUCCACCUGGUCUUCACACACCUCGUGAACUGAAGUCUCUCAUCAACCGCGAAGCGGCUAGGUCCCCCAAAGAGCCUCUGGGAGAGACUGAAGGGACGACAUCACCGACCUUAAAGAAAGGACAGAAAAGGCCAGCUGCAGACCAGGAGAUGGAAUUAGACAAACCAGCUGCUGCGUCCUUGCCCACCCAACCGCCACAGGAUCGUCCUGCGCCAAGACCUAAACUACCUCCUGCCAAGCGACCCAAACCACAGCCUAGUCUGUUCAUUCCCAAGAAGCGUCCUGUUCCUGAGGGUGGUGAAUCCGGCCCGAACGGUAGCAAAAGACGGCAUUGA